AUGAAUACAGCCGCUCAAGAAAAAAAGGGCACUGACACGCCAAGUUUAAGGUCCAUCCAAGAAAAAUAUGUGACAGGGGAAGAUCCUGUAGUGGAAAAUCAACAACCCAAGAAAUCAUGGAUGAGCAAAUUUAGAUUCACUGCAGACACCUCAGAGCAUCCGCCAGAAAUCUUCAACAUGACGUUGUAUCUUUCCAUCUUUUUAUUUGGAUUGUUUGGUGCUGCAAGAGGUUUGGAUGAAGGUAACAUUUCUGGAAAUAUUGCCAACCCUUCUUUUAUUGCCAGAUUUGGCUUAAAAGACCCUACAAAAACGGCCGACCAAUUGGCCAAUUUGAAAUCCAACAUUACUUCAAUGGUUCAACUUGGUGCUAUUGGAGGUGCCAUUAUUGCUAUGAAGUCGGUUGAUUUCUUGGGUAGAGUUCGUGCAUUGCAAUUUGUCUGUAUCAUAUGGAUUGUUGGCGUUAUUAUUCAAAUCACUUCGACCAAAGUGGGGCAAUUGUACGCUGGAAGAUUGAUUGAAGGUUUGGCUGUGGGUCAAACAGCAGCAAUUGGUCCCGUUUACAUGUCUGAGGUUGCACCAAGUCCCAUUAGAGGAAUGUGUAACUGUAUCUUUGCCGGUGCCGUGUAUUUUGGUAUCAUGUUGGGAUACUUUGCCAAUUAUGGUAGUGUUUUGCACAUUCCUUCCACCACUAGUUCCGGAUCCAUAAAUGAUAAGCAAUGGCGUGUAACGCUUUCAAUCAAGAUUAUUAUGUCGGGAUUAAUCUUUAUCCUUUCAUGGUUUACUACUGUUGAAUCGCCAAGAUGGUUAUUGAAGAAAGGUAGGGCUGAUGAAGCAGUUGAGAAGCUUUCAAAGUUGAGACGCUUGCCUUCCGACCAUCCAUACAUUAUUGCUGAGAUUAGUGAUAUCAAUGAACAAGUUAUGGCUGAAAAGGAGGCUACAAGGGGAUCGAGCUUGUGGACCAACUUUAAACAAAUGGUUUCUAACAAGAGUAUUGUGUAUAGGUUUAUUUGUAUUGCUGGUGCAACGCAAAUCUUGGGACAAUGGAGUGGUGCUAAUGCGGUGACAAUCUAUGCUUCUGAAUUGUUUGCGCUUGUUGGUGUUGAAGGUGUUGAUAAGUUGAAAAUGUCUGCUGUGUUGGGUGUUGUCAAGUUUGUUUCAGCUUAUCUUUCAGCAUUUUUCAUUAUUGAUAUUCUUGGUAGGAAGAGGGCAUUGUACAUUGGUAUUACUGGACAAAUGGCUUGUUUGUUGUAUUAUGCCAUCUUUCUUACCAUUGUGCCUCAAGCUGCCGAUGAUGGUGCGGUGAUUACUGGUGCUGCAAAGCGUGCAAGUACAGGUGCAUUGGCUGCUAUUUUCCUUAGUGGUACUUUUUGGACGGUUGGUUUUAACUCGGUGCAGUAUUUGAUUGGUGCAGAGAUUUUCCCCUUGGGUAUUAGAUCGUUUGCCCAGUCGAUGGUGAUGAUUUUGCAUUUUGCCAAUCAGUAUGGUAACUCAAAGGCGUUGCCCAAGAUGAUGAUUGCCAUGAACCCUUAUGGUGCCUUUUAUUUCUUUGUUGGUGUGUUGGUCUUAUCUUUGGUGUGGGCAUUCUUUUUACCAGAGUUGAAGGGAAGAAGUUUGGAGUCGAUUGAAGAGGUGUUUACCUUGCCAUGGUACAAUUUGAGACGUUGUAACAAGUUGGUGCCUGAUCAUUCGCAAAUCCACAAGAUUAGAUAUACCAAUAGCAGGGGUAAUACUGGAUUUGACCAUAUUCAUUAUGAUCCUGAGCUGAACAAGCCAAAUGUUGAAUUUGUUGAGAAUUUGAUGAGACGCAACUCAGAGGAGGAUAAAGAAGAAGUGGAGAAGAAGGUUUGA